GUUCAAUUAUGUGUGCACAUAUGUGCAUUUAUCAUUAUUCUUAAUUAUAUCACGUCAUGAACGAGCAUUCGGCAUUCCAUAUUCUGCGAAAUGAUUCCAUAACUAAAAAGGAAAACAAUAAAAGUAAAAAUCUGACAGCGAGAAUAAAAUUGCAACCUUGGAAAGUGCAAAACCACUUUCCAUCCUGCCCGAAAAAAUAAUUUGCUUUAAACGGUGUUUUUUAUGACAACCGACCGACCUCAGAAAAUAUUACCGUUGGAACGGACACGUGGCGUCCACAUGUCUCGCUGCAUUCCUCCUUGGAUUCUCUUUCUCUUCUCUCUUCCCUCCACACUCUCUGUAUCACUUUGUCUCUUUCCUCAUUCCUAUUCUCAACUUUCUUCCCUCAUUAAUCUCUCUCUCUCCCGGUCUUCGUGUACAAAUCGGAGAAACAAACAUUCCCUCCGUCAUUCUCUAAUGGAAUGUUCUGGAAACUAGACGAUGACGUCAUUUCCCGGCGGGCUGUGCUACUGCUUCAUUCUCCUAUCUGUUUUCGCUUCGGUCGGGUUUUUCUCCGGCAAUGUAUUGGCUGCGGCGACUGAAUUCGACUUCGGAACACUGACGCUGUCCAGCAUGAAGCUCCUCGGCGACGCCCACUUCAGCAACGGGAGCGCGAGGCUCACUCGCGACGUCACCGUCCCGUACUCCGGCGCCGGGAGGGUGCUAUACUCGAAGCCGGUCAGUUUCCGGCGUCCAGGUAGCCGCUCGACGGCGAGCUUCUCCACAUUCUUCUCGUUCUCCGUCACGAACCUGAACCCGUCCUCCAUCGGCGGCGGACUGGCCUUCGUCAUCUCGCCUGACGACGAGUUCGUCGGGGACGCCGGCGGUUUUCUUGGGCUCAUGGAGGCGGAGGGCGCUCCCAACGGCGUGGUGGCCGUGGAGUUCGACACGAUGAUGGACGUGGAGUUCAAGGACAUCAACGGGAAUCACGUUGGUUUGGAUCUGAACUCGAUGAUUUCCAGCAGAGUUACGGAUUUGGGCGUCGUCGGGGUAGAUUUGAAGAGCGGCGACCUGGUCAACUCAUGGGUCGACUACUCCGGGUCAAAUCGGACCAUCAAGGUCUACGUGUCGUAUUCCAAUUUGAAGCCCAAGGAGCCCGUUUUGUCCGCCGCCGUCGAUCUAGGUGAGUACAUUUCCGACGAUUUCAUGUUUGUCGGAUUCUCCGGGUCGACGCAGGGGAGCACCGAGGUUCACAGCAUUGAGUGGUGGAGCUUCGCCUCGUCGUUCGACGAAACUCCGAGUUACAGCUCGUCCACGCCGCCGCCGCCCCCGCCAACUGCCAGUUUAUUGAACCCGACGGCGGAGACAGUAAAUCCGCCGCCGCCUCCCUCCGUAGCUCCUCCGCCUGAAAAUAGUACAUGGACGAGCGAAAGCAGCGGAAAAUGCCACAACCAGCUGUGCAAAAGUGGGGCCGGGGCGGUUGUGGGGGUGGUCACCGCCGGCGCAUUUGUACUAGGGUUCUGCGCUCUCGGACUAAUCUGGGCUUACAACAAGAAAUUCAAGAGGCAGAAAAAGGCGGACAUUGUGGCGUCGGAUGUGAUCAAAACGCCCAAGGAAUUCGGCUACAAGGAGCUGAGCGUGGCCACCAAGGGGUUCGAUUCUAACCGAAUAAUCGGACACGGCGCCUUCGGCACCGUGUACAAGGGAAUCCUCCCGAGCAGCGGCGACGUGGUGGCGGUGAAAAGGUGCACCCACGCGGGGCAGGGGAAAACAGAGUUUCUAUCGGAGCUGUCGAUAAUCGGAACCCUAAGGCACAGAAAUCUGGUGAAGCUUCAAGGGUGGUGCCACGACAAGGGCGAGAGCCUACUGGUGUACGACCUCAUGUCCAACGGCAGCCUAGAUAAGGCGCUGUUCGAGUCGAGGACGACGCUGCCGUGGCCGCACCGCCGCAAAAUUCUCCUGGGCGUGGCCUCCGCGUUAUCCUAUCUGCAUCAGGAAUGCGAGAGUCAGGUAAUCCACAGAGACAUCAAGAGCAGCAACAUCAUGCUGGAUGAGGGUUUCAACGCCAGAUUAGGCGAUUUCGGAUUGGCGAGGCAGAUCGAGCACGACAAGUCCCCCGAUGCCACGGUGGCGGCGGGGACUAUGGGCUACUUGGCUCCGGAAUACCUUCUGACCGGGCGCGCGACGGAUAAGACGGAUGUUUUCAGCUACGGCGCGGUGGUGCUGGAGGUGGCGAGCGGGCGGCGGCCGAUCGAGAAGGAGCCGAGUAGUAAUCUGGUGGAAUGGGUGUGGGGGUUGCACAGGGAUGGGAAUUUGGUGAUGGCGGCGGAUCCGAGGCUAGGGAAUGAGUUUGAGGAAUCGGAUAUGAGGAAGGUGAUGCUGAUCGGGCUGGCGUGCUCGCAUCCGGACCCGAUGGCGCGGCCGGCGAUGAGGGCGGUGGUGCAGAUGCUGGUGGGGGAGGCUGAGAUUCCGGUGGUGCCUAGAACUAAGCCUACCUUGAGUUUCAGCACUUCGGACCUCCUCUUGACCCUGCAAGAUAGCGUUUCUGAUUUGAAUGGGAUGAUCGCGCUCUCCACAUCGUCUUCGGACCUCAGCUUCUCCGCCGACGCCGACGCCGACGCUGCUCUUCACUUGGUGUGAACUUCAUGUUUUUCUCUUCUUUUAUUUAUUUAUUCAUUCAUUUUAUUUAUUAGCUAGAGUGUAUGUAAGUUUAAUAUUAUAGGGUCAUGCAAUCAGCAAUUUGCACAAAGCUUUUGAUGUUA